AGAGAGCAUCCUACCAGGUAUUUCUGUUUAAAUACAAUUUUUUUCAGCUGUUGCACGGACCAUGGCCUCAAGCUUGAAGAAUUUCAUCCAUUCCUUGGAUCCAAACUCUCUCCCUCGGAUUCUGCAAAUCCAGUCUGGCUUUUAUGACGAAGGUUCGAUUUAUGAAAAGUGUGGGCAUGAAUGCUGCUUGUCAACUGGAGACGUGAUUAAAGUUGUUGGAUUAAAAGUUAAGAAAGUCCUGGCAAGCAACUGUGAAAGUGAAUAUGAUGCUAGCUUCUGCUCCACUACAGUUGAGCUACCUUUACAUUUUCCAGGUCUUUGCAGGAUAGUGGCUGACAAAACACCAUAUGUUGGCGUUGAAGAAAUUGUGAAAAAAGUUUUGAUUGGAUCAACACAACUGCAACAUCCCUGCUUCUAUUGCUCUAAGGAUAUAAAAGUAGAAAACCUGACCAUCAAACGGGGUGAGAAGAUCAUAUUCAACUCUGUGGAAGUCAGCAAUGGGAUAUUGACUGUACACUGUGGAUUAAUGAGGGAUGGCCAAUUCCAUGCCUUUGUAUUGCCAAUUUCACAAGACGGUGAUUUCUAUGAAUGGGAAGAUGACCAGACUUAUACCCUGAAAGAGAUUGCCAAAUGGAAAAUCCCAAAGAGCAGGAGUCGGAGUGUGACAUUUACUCAUAUCUGCAAAGCUAGGAACUCCACCAGCUUGCUUCCUAUGGAUUUUGAUGGCUGCAUUGUUCUGACACCAAUAUAUGAAGUACAAGCAGUGAUGAAAUUUCAAAAAGAGACUGUUUACUUCCUUUCGGAUUUAGAUGUUGAAGUCAAAGAUGUCACUGACUGUUACAAUAUUCACAGUUUUCUUCAGCCAUUGUCAAUGGAAGAUAUCUUGGAAAGGACGUGCAAUGAAUUUCCUAUCGUUGUUGCGGUAAUUGAAGGCUCUGCCAGGAAUAAGCAAUCGUAUAAUUUUUUGUGUCCUGGUAGAGAAAUAGUGAUUUACAAAAAGUGCCAGGCAACACGAAUCUUAGCGUCUGAGAUCAAAGGUGAUUCCUAUAAAAGGCACUUUUUAAUUCCUACCAGCUAUAAAGGGAAGUUCAAAAGAAGACCACGGGAGUUUCCAACUGCCUAUGACCUAGAAAUAGCAAGGAGUGUGAAGGAGAAGCUUCAUGUUGUUGCUACCAAAGCCUUUGAGUCCCCUUAUGAAGGGCUGUCUUCUGUUUCCAUUGGAAACCAAUUUUUAAUUCCACAGUGCCAACUAAGUGAAGUUGUUGAUCCAGGGAAGAAGGAAGUAGAAAAUGGUUUGGCCUGUGAACAAAUUCUAUCACCAAACGAAACCCACAAGAGUAUACUUCUUCCAAUGUGCAUGGAAGGGGGCUUUGUUGAACUUGUCCAUGAUAAGAAGCAGUAUGAACUUCUGGAGCUUUGCAAAUAUUUCCGUCUUCCAUUUAAAGUCAAAGUCUCCUUAAGGGAUCUUUCCAUCCAAGAGGAUAUAUUGGCUGGCAUACCAUGUCUGCAGCUUGAAGAAAAAAUAACAGAUUCGUACUUGUUAAUCAGCACUUUCAACAACCCCACAGAAAUCUGGGAAGCUCCUGUGCAUCGUUUAAAUAUGUCCUUCCAGUUGCUGAGCAAACAUGCAGAAGAUAUUGUGUGUUUCCCAACAAAGUCUAUUGUGGAAGAGAUUACAGAAGAACAGUAUUACAUGAUGAGAAAAUAUGAAAAUCAAGCCACAAACCCACCUCCCAGACCUCCUAAAACCCAUAAAGUCGAAGAGUCCAAGGCAUAUUUUCUCACUGUACCGACCCAAAGUGCUUGCAGUACACCAGGACCUAGAAAGGAUGUUUGUGUAGAUGCCACCAAGAAACGGCCCUCAGAUCAAUCUGCUGCUGUUUCAGGACUACAGUUGAGUUGUCAAAGUGAUUUGGAGCAGCAGGAGAACCAGGAGGAGAUGGCACAGACAGCUACAUCAGAGAACAGGAUGGCUAAAGAUUCAUCAAAGGGAGUGCUUGCGAAGCCCAGAGCAGAAAAGAAACCAAAUGUCAGGCCUGACGUUGAUGAUAAAGAUGUCAGUGUUACAGAAAGUGUUACCCAAAAAAACCCAGGAGAACACAUCUAAUGAUAAUGCAACCUACUUAAGAAGAGGGACAAAAAAAUCCUCUGAAAACAAAAUGAUUCAAUCUGCUCAGAAAUGAUUGUACUGCUGUCCACAUCAUUGAGUAUGAAGGCGGCAACGCAACUAAAGAAGAAAUAGAUACUCCAGUGAUGGUGAAAUGAACAUUGCUGUGCUUCAAAAACAUUGAGACUGAAAUGCGGUGAUACUGAUUUAUAUUAUUGAAGGAAAUAGUAAAACGAGGAAGAAGAAGAGUUACUAAACCUUCAGAUAACUUUGGAACAGAACAGCUUCGGAACAGUGGAAGUGCAACCAUGUUACUCUUGCUUGUUCUCUCAUUGGCUUUCAGUACUGUAUUGAUCAUUGUAUCCUCCUGAACCGUCUCUGUGAGUUGGGAGCAGGUGUUAAUGUGUUGCAGUCCUACCUACAAGUCUGGGUUCAGAGAGUAGCAUUGGCUAGACCCUGUUUUACAUGUUUUAAUCCUCUGGAUUUCUGUUUUAUUUGCUUUUAAGUGUUUUUCCAUUGCUGUUUUAGGUUGUGUGUCUUUGUUCUAAUGAUGUAUCAUUUGCUUUUUAGACUUUUGAGAGAUUUUUCAAUUUUAAGCAGUUUAUAAAUGCUUUUUUAAUAAAUAAGUAGGAAGUGCAGCCUACACACAUACAGCUCUUAGGCUACAAUUCUAUUGCACACUUAACCUGGGAGUAAGUCCCAUUUCAUUCAUUGGGUUGUACUUCUGAGUCAAUAGGCAUAAGGUUGCACUGCUACAAAAUUGAUCAGCAACUAUGCUAAAAUGCCGCCUUACCUAGAACUGCAAGAAGCACUGGCCUUGCCCUCUGUUGCACCUGGUAAUCUAGUUGCAGAAAUGACCCACCUGGUUGUGCUUUGGAGAGCUCUGUGAAAAGCAGGUUUCACUUUUCCAAGGCUGGAUAUGCAGUGAAUGAUUGGAAAUGCUCCAGCGACUGAAUUUUCUCCUAACAUGCCACUGUCCGGGCAUAGGAAGCCUGUCAGA